CAGUGCUUUGGGGCCAUCAGCAAGAAGCAGGAUUGUACGGUAUAUAUCCUGCGUCGUCGCGUCCACCACUCACACAAAGAAAAAUCAAAUCAAAUCGAAUCAAAUAAUACCAAACAAAAAAAUAGAAACAAAAGAAAAGAAAAGCACCCCAGAGGACCACAUCAAAUGUCUUCGUGUUAGCCGCUAGUGAAGAAAUCAAAGUGCAAAUCCCCCGGAAUGUGUACGGGAAACGGGAUAAAAUAUACCCAAAAAUAACCCCAAAAGAAUGGAUAGGUUGUCAAAGCAAACAACAUUCGAUAAUGUUUAGCCGCAAAAUAUAAAUGGAGCCCUAAAAAAUAAUCUGUAACAACAAUUUCUCUAUGUCUGUGCAGAUUUCUAAAUAAUUAUGUGAGCCCAAAACCAAUUCAACGAAGCAACCGAAUUUCCACAAAUUUCCAAUUUCAAGGUUAAUGUGCAGCCCCAACAACAAAAACAACAACAGCAACAACAAAAACAAAAACAACAACAACAACAACAACAACAAAAGCAACAACAACAACACCAUCAAUAACAGCUGCCAUACCCAUAACCCAUAAGCUAUCUAAUGAAAUUCCACAAAUAGUCCACAGUCCCCAAAGUAAAAUACAGUGCAAGAAAACGUGUGAAAAGUAUAUGAAAAGUUCCAAAAUAUAUUUGUGUCAAACAUGAGCCGAGGAUACCCCCCAUACCAAAUAACCCCUGCAGCCGAGGUUAACUGAAUGCGAUCCAGCGGCCUGGAGAGCAGCGGGACUUAGCUUAGGGGUCACUGUUCGGGCAGUUCGGAGUCUUGAGGAGAGCUCAGCCAGGUCAGGAUUCAUGCCUCUAGCAGCAGCAGUCAGAGCCGAAGUAGCAGCAGCAGAAGAACCAGGUGCAGGAGCAGGAGCAGGAGCAGGAGCAAGGAGCAGAUCUGUUCAGCAGGCACUGAAACUGGCGUCGGAUCGGGAUACGGAUACGGAUCAGGAGCAGCAGCAGCAGCAGCAGCAGCAGCAGCAGCAGCAGCAGCAGCAGCGGCCGCAGCUGGAUCUGAGCACACCAAAUCCGAAUCCCACACUUCUGAUGAUGAUGGGGCCAUGAGCCCAUCAUUACUCGCAUUGAAUUGGAGUCGCAAGCGCGUCUCAAGCGGGCCUGCACCAUGCUAGCACCGCCGAACCCGAGGUCAAUAUGCGGCCAGGACCCGGGCUGGUCGUGAUGGCGCUUGCGUUUAUUUCGGGGGCUCGGCGUGGCAGCAGCAGCAGCAUCAGCUCAACGACGACGACGACGACAGCAUCCACAUCAAUAGGAACAACAUCAGCAGGAGCAGCGGGAGCAGGAGCAGUAGGAGCAGUAGGAGCAGGAGGAGCAGGAGGAACUGGAGCAACUGCAGCAGGCACAGAAGCAGGUGGACCAGGUGGAGGUGGACUGGGAGGAGGUCACAGAGGUAGAGGAGUUGGAACUGCGUUACCGUCCAGAGGCGAGUCGUCGUCAUUCAUUAGCAGCUCUGGCUCAUAUCUGCUGCCCAUCUUUCUGCCCCACCAUCUCGACUUGUACCGUCGGGCCACGCCCCAGGCCAUCUACCAGCUGCCACCCACUUACCAACACGCCCACGACCACGACGAUCCGCGUGCCCGCACCGAGGCCCUCAGCGCGAGGCUACAGCGUCGAAGGCGACGCGAGCGCAGCCUCAGUAGCGAUAUUGUUGGCAGGGCUGGAGGGACAGGGAGUGGAGCGAGAGCAGGAACGGGGACGGGCACGAGGACUGAGUCCAGCAACGAGGAGGAGGAGACCGAACAGGAGCCAGAGGAAAGCGGUCUGCCAGUGCAGUAUUCAUCCUCACAAGCGUUAGACGAGGACGAGGACAUCUUUGCCCUUGUGGCCGAGGACGAUUUGCUUUCCGAAGAGUCCUUCGAUCGCUUGAUAAAGCUCAACGAGGACGUGGACGAGGAGGAUAAGCUCACGGAAGAGGAUUACAAUAUCCAGCAGCAGCCACAUCAGCAGCAGCACGAGCCAGUCCAAGAGUUGGAGGCGGAUACCGAGACAGAGACGGAAACAGAAACAGAAACGGAGACGGAGACGGAGCAACAGCAGCGGGACGAGAGCAGCCUGAUUGAUGAGAGUGUCCUGCAGCACAGCGACAACAACAGCCCGAAGGAGUUUCCUUCCACCAACAGCAACAGUAAAAGCAACAGCAACAACAAUAAUAACAACAAGAGAGAAGCUACCGGCAACAUCCUUGAUGCCCAGGCGGCUCAGCUGAUUGGUCACAAGGAUAACAGCUGGUCCGGCGGCGCCUUUAGCGCCACCGCUGCAGUGGCCGUAGCCGGGUCAGCGGCAGCGGCAGCAGAAGCCAGAACAGCAGGUGGCGGGACAGCAAGAUCCCUGCCAGACCCCGUGGAGCUGAAGAAGAGCAUACUCGGCACUGCGUCCUCAUUAACACGCCUUAAUCCUUGGAUAUCAGCCUGUGAUCUGGCACAGCCGGGCACAGGCACCGACUUGCAGGGUCAGUGCUCGGCUGGCACACUGCCCAUGGCCUGGGUCGAUGAGGGACCUGGGCCCCCAACGUGUCCGCGUUCCUGCGCCGAGCAGCAGCAGCCCCCACAGAAACGGACCGCAGCGCCCGGAGAGGGCUCCAUGUCGAAGAGGAGCGUCACCAGUAACAAUAAAGCCAAGUAUUUCGUAAACUAUAAGACAUCCCAGAUGCGCUUGGGUCACAGCAGUCGAGUCAUGUCGCGUGUGCGCAGGGAGCGGGAUCGCAGCGAAGGGGAUCCUCCGGUCACGGACAUCCCCACCACAACAGAGGCCGAGCAGGACCUGGAGCUUGAGCUGGGGGAGAGUGCGGCUGCAUUCUCCACCAUGGCCAGCCCCAGCACCGAGGACAUGGAUGCGGCGACAGCGCCAACGUUGUCCUACAGCCAUCUGCAUGCCCAGCCGCAGAUUCACCUCGACGCAGCGGACCAGCCGGAGCAGGGGCACGCUGGCGCUGGAGCUGAGGCUGAGGAUGAGCAACAACAGUGCCUUGAUUAUCUGGGCGAUGCCGCCGAGUCGAGUCCGCAGCAUCUGUGCGGCCUGGAGUCACCCGCGGAGCUGCUGAAGCGGCUGCGGACGCUGCGCCUUCGAAACUGCUGCGAGAGGAGUGUGUUCAGCGCUCUGCACACGCUGGCCCUCAACGCCACCCUGUCGGACCGGGGCGAGUGCGUCCGCAUCCUCAGCGACCUGCUGGACGUGGACGCCCUGGCCAAUCGCAUCACCUGCGAGCUGGCCGAGAUCCUCUUCCGCUUCGACUGUCGGCAGGUCUACUCGUUGAUCAACCAGUGCGACGACUGCAAGGAAGCAUAUCGUCGCUGGGUGUGCAGCACGCUGGUGCCAUAUUUUGCCGAGCCAAAGGACGUUGCGCCACUCGGGAAUGAGCAGAGUAGCAAUGCGAAAACCCCGGGCAAAAACAAGCGUUCGGCGUGGAGUGCAACGUGGACUGAGGGAGGGGGAGCUGGUGGAGCUGGAGGAGCGAACGGAAUCAAGCAUAAAUCUCUGAAAUUAAUCAGCAAUAACAAUAAAUCAAAUAACGGCAAUAACAUGAACGAGCGUCAGAUUAAUCAGAAGUCUGACAAGAGCUCGACGGCGAAUGGGAACGAGGAAAACGCGAACGCAAACGUGAACGUGAACGGGGACAAUGACCGCAAUGUGGAGGAUGCGAUUGGCAGGGAUCUGGCUCAGACAUUCUAUGAUGUUGUUGGCAUGUCUAAUCCCCACCAGAGCCAGGUGGCGGCGGGAGUGGAGGAUGGAGGCGAGGGGCCAGUUGCCGUGGCCGCGGCUGAGGCUGAGGCUGAAACACAAUCCAAUAAUUUCAUAUCGACUGCCAAUAAUGCGGAUCCCAGAGCCUUGGAUCCAGUGAUAUCAAAACUUCAAAAGAGAUCAACACGCAAGACAGAGUUCCGCAAGCGACGACGCAUCCGGCCCUGCCUGAGCGUCUGCCAAACUGUGGAACAAAAGUGCCCCUAUCUGCUGCCCGCCGACCGCGCCCCUGCGCUGCCCACCCAGUAUGCCGGCGAGCCGACAUUUCUCUGCCUAGAUCAAAAUAUACCCGAAACUGGGGAGCAGCUGAAGAAGUCCAGCUACGGCCCCAACGACUGCUGCUACAGUUACUGCAAUGGAGCCGCGAGCGGAGUGUGCACCGUUUGUCGGGACUUUGCCCCGCCCCCGCCCCGAGCGAUCCCCAGCGAUGUGGCAGCAAAUUCCACCCGCCGAGUCCACAACAUAACACUCACGCUAAGCUCUCCCCCCGGCGAGCAUGCCCGGGCCAAGAGCGUGGCUCUGGCCCUGAGGAACGUGACAAAGGAGCGCGACAGCGAGCAGGACGCCAUGGAGUCGCUGAUGGAGCGGCUGCCGUACUAUGCACGCCUCGACAGCAUCUACUACUACGACGAGGACGGAGAGAUGCCCAAGGCGCCGGUGUCCGGCAACUGUGCCCCCGUGCCAGCCGUCACCACUCGCUGCACAUUCCCGUACUAUGCCUCGGGCACAGAGGCCGCGGCACCACCCACGCAGUUGCUCGUCUGGCUGAGUGCGUUGCUCGGCCUUCUCAGCAGCUGUGGGGCGGCCCGCAACCGCUGGAGCUGCAGCUGGAGCUGGAGCGGCGUCUGUGGGCAGCGCGGCCGUGGUCGCCAGUGCGUCAACUGCGAGGCCAGCUGCCACGAGCAGGAGCUUAUCACCAGCACCAGCAGCGGCAGCGGCAACAGCGCUGGAAGUGCCAGCAGUGGCAACAGGAACAGGAGCAGCCAGCAAAGCGUCGAUGGAAAAUGCAAGGAAAAGGCUCCCCAAUCAGAAGCCGAGGCUGAGGCCAGCGCUGAGGCUGGAGCUGCUUCCGGGUCGAAUGCUUGGAUGUGGGCGUGGUCGGUGAGACCACUGAAUACUCAUAGGCAAAUGUGUAGCAAAGUACGGUACUUUAGUAGCCGGAGUAAGUUUAAAUGCGAGUCGAGAGGUAGUGGUGGUCGUAUAACCAUGCCUAACUAUAGAGACUUAGAUCCAGUACGAUUACGAGUCAGGAUCAGGAUCAGAAUCAGGUGGAGUUGGAGCUGGCCAGGCGGGGACGGGCGGAGGUGGGGGAUGUCAGCGUCGCAGACGAGGGAGGGGUGCACUAGGACUAUUAACUAUCGCUAUUUCUACUACUACAACUACAACAUCAACGAUUGGUGGCGGAGAUGGUGGCUGGGGCAGCGGGAGGGGGAGGGGGAGGGGGAGUGGCGGACUGUGGGCAGCGGCGCCUUAUAGUGCCUGCAAAACGAUGGAAAACCAAUGGCUGCCCUGCUCGUACUGCCCUCUCUCUAUAGGAAAAUCUAAUGAUAGUUAAACCCGAAAUGAUAAAUAAUAGAAGUUGAGAGGUAAAAGCAGCUCAUAGAAACCAGCAAAAAACGAGUAAAAAACUGCGGGAAAAGCGAAUUAAACGAGACGUAAAACCAAAGCAAAGGAAAACCACAUAAAUAUUUAUGGUCCUCUUUCAAGUGAAAUAAAAACCAACAUGAAUUAUAAAUCUCCAUUGAAAACAAAAACAAACAAAAAAAAAAAAACAAAAUAGCAUAUUUUAUUACAACUAGAACAAAGAAUAUUAAUAUUUAAUUAAACAAAAAGCAACUGCCACAAGAAUAGGUUUUUUAGAUAAAUGAUAACAGAGAUACAGAAACAAAAAACAACAACAUUUAACAGGAGCAUGGAACUAAACAAUGAUAUAUACAUAUAUGUACAUGUAUGUAUGUAAGUACGAGUAUAACAGACGGAACCGAAACGAAGCGAAACAAAAAAUAGUUAUUAAUUUAAUUACUGGCGAACAACAAAUACGAAAAUUUUAGGUUAGCUAAAAAUGAAACAAAUAACGGAAACGGAAUCGGAAAACGGAAUAAUUUACAACUAGAAUAACAAAGAAAUUUUGAAAAUAAAGAGGAAAAAAAACAACGGCAUAACUAAACUAAUUAGCGGAAAAACCCACGACGACAGCCAAAAAAGAAGAAGGGAGAAAAUACAAUUUCACUAACAAAUUGACGUAUAGGCCGCGUAUCAACCACCUUUCAAAGAAAACCAAAAACGAAACGUGAACUUUACUUAAAAUUAGUUUAACGAAAUAUAAAAGAAUAUAUUAUAUAUGAAAUACUAUAGUCGAGAAAGGAGCAGAGAUGUGGGUUGGGAGCGAUUAAUUAACGAAUUAAUUAAUCAAUUAACGAGACGAAAAUAACAAGAAUAACAACCGCAAACGUGUCUAAGAAUUGUCUUUAUUUAGUUUUAAAACAGAAGCCUGAUGUGGUUCACGAUUUGAUUUGAAAACCCAAGGGAACCGAAUCGUAACGAAAAUAAAACCAGGGAGGACGAAAGAGGCAUGCAAAGCGCACAGUAAAAAGUAUCUUUAAGGUUCAUUAAAGGAUUCGGACACAUACGGAAGCAUUACCAGCAUAUAGAGCCAUGAUCCAUGCGCCCCAUUAACGUAUAUAUGUUUAUAUAUACGAUAGGAAUAGAGAGGAAAAUAUGCAACGCAAACAGCAGCAGGAGAUAGGCAGGAGAAAGGCAAACAGCAGCAACAACAACAUACCUACUAUAUGAAUAAUAAUAGUAAUGAAUAAUAAUAAUUUUUGUAAUAAAGUGAACUCUAUGUAGCGUAUACAUAUGUAAUACAUUUGCGAGGUAUAUAUUUAUAAAUUAUCAAUUUAUCGUACAUAACUUGCAGAAAUGGAAAACUAUAGGAAAAACGAAAAACGAAAAAGGAAAAAAAAUGGAGGAAAACCAAACUUAAGCCCUUAAGAAAUAUUCAAAUAAAUAGUCGUAUUUGGUAUUAACUAAUUAACUAUGAAGCUAAGUACGAAACAGUAUGAGAAAGUCACUCUGAUAGAGCACACUCGCCAAAAAAAAAAACACAUACACACAUACAUAUACCUUAAGCACUCUUAUACAAUAUAAUUAGUUUAGUUAGUUUCUACUCACCGCAUCAUCGCUAAACGCUUUGGACAUUUCCCAAAUUCAUUCCGAGAUCUGUUAACGAAAGGUUUAAUAUUAGCCCACUGCAGGCAGUGGCAGAGAAACCGAAAAUUUUUUUGAGUCUACCACUAGUGAUGUUCCUCAACUUUCAGCCUGAAUUCUUUUACUCUUCCGUUCCGUUUUCGAAUUUCUUUCAACACUGACGCAUUACUUUAGGAAGAGAUAGAAUAAUAGGAAUGGUAUAUGGAUUGUGUUUAAUGUUGUUGUAGAAACCUAAAGGAUAUUACAAACAGAAGUAGUAGCAUUCAUCAAAGACCUCUCAUCCAUUUGAUUUCUUUGAUUUGCCCCCAUAUCAAUGAAUAUUUGUAAAUAGAGAAGAACUAUUAACAAUUCGCCUCAUGUCCUUUAACGGCCUCAUGUCCUGGAAACUGGGGUUGUGAGUUUCUGUCCUACAUGAAUUUUCGUUUACAAGAUUUUCCCCAAUUGUUGACCCCGUCUGUGUAAAACUCUUUCCGCAACUCAAUGAAGAGCACGAAAUUUAUGAAUUUACAUUAGCAACCAAACUUUUCGCUUAUCUCGUUCCGUCGUCAGCGAGAUAACUGUACAUUGAGGCGAAUGCAACCCAUUUCUAAGAGAAGCGAGACGGACGACAGAAGGAGACAACAAGAGGCCAAGCACCGUUAUCGGGGGGCGAAACAAACAGAGCAGAAAGAGAGAGCCGCUGGCACAAAUUGCGCGCAUAUUGAAAUGCAAAUUGUUAUGAAUUAUUGUGUACUUUUGUAAAACUUUUUGAUAUAUAUAAAAUAGUUAACAUGAAUAGAUGCCUAAAUAAUAAUAAAUUAAAUGUUAAUUUAUUUAAAUGUAAACAAUAAAUGGACGAGAAAGUAGAAGGAGGUCUGUGGACGGUAGACGGUGGACGGUGGACGGAGGCGGGCAAUCCCAAUCCCGAUCCCGAUCCCCAUUCCCAUUCCAAUUCCACGUCUCCCUUAGAGUAUGUAUGUAUUUAAUAAAUUGUACACGUUGGACGGUGGGCGAGAGUGUGUGUCCAGAGCGAGACAAUUUUCAAUGUGCAAGGAAAACAACUAGUUGAAUUGAAUUGUGUGAGUAACGGGGGUAGCGUAGCUCCGAUCAAGCGACGAUUAUACUAUAUCGCGAACAUUACUUUACCGCAGCGAACAGGCAAACAGGCAGCAGUAGUCGCAUUGAAACCAUCUCAUCUGCGAUCCACACACAAUAACGAAUUCCAGUCCCCAUCCGAAUCAAUAACAAGUUAGCACGAAUUAUACAAUAAUUUUUGUAAUUGAUUAGCAGCUGCCACAACAAACAAAAACCAAAAAAUAAUGAUACCAAUAAUGAAACAAAAAACUCCGCUGCAGCAACAAAAUGUAUGGCAAACGGUAGCAAUUAUUUUCUACAAAAACCAAAAAAAAAAACUAUUUAAAAUAUGUAAAAAAAAAAUCAAACAACAAAAGAGAAUUUUAAAAACGAAAACCAAAAUUCUUUUUAGGUCAGUACGAAAUUACAUAAUUGUGUGCCAUGGAAAAAAGGAACGAAAAAUAUUAAAUGUAUUUGAUAUCAAAAAAAGAAAACACAGAAAGCCAAACAAAUACGAAACCGAGAAGUCGAGAAGUCGAGGAGUAGAGAAGUCGAAAAGUCGAGGAGGAAGCGUAAUAAUACAUGAAAAUUCAUAGCGUCAAGUCAAGACAAAUUUAAUUUAAUUAAAUGAAAGCAAAACAAAUAAAAAAGGAAGCAAAGCUGCUAGACAACAAAACAAAACAAAAAACAAUAUCCAUUGAAAACGACUACUCAAACCAUAGAGUUUUCCGAGGGAAAACGUUUGCAGCCACCCCUCCCAAAUAACACUAUCCUAGAAGAAACUGAUAAAAACAAGUAAAAAUCUAACAUCUAACAUCCCACAUGAGACAGCUAAGAACUUUAACAAAAAUAAACUGAAAUCUUCUGUACUUGUUGUUAAAAAAGAAUGCAAACCAAAAUGCGUAAUAAAAAACCGAAAAUAGAAAACAAACAAAAAAGAACGAAAAAAACCCCAAAAAAAAAAAAUAGAACACGGAAAACGAAAUUUUCAUAGUCCUUAAGCUAAAAUCUAAAUACGAAAACAAUGGAAAUUCCCCAGCCAAACUAUCUAAAGUAAUGAAAUUGAAUUCUGACUAUCGAGAGAUGGAAAAUAG